UUAUUACUGAUGUGUCGGAUGAGGAGGACUACAACAUUACCAUAAGUUCUUCACAUCAUUAUCUUCAUCAUCAACAACGACAACAACAACACCAACAACUUGUGUGGUGUAAGUGUUUCGGUGAUACCGACGGUGAGUUUGUGUGUGUGUGUCGACCAACUGACCAACCAAUUGACGCGUAUCUAUAUAGACAUACCUGUCCUCCAAAUACAUUGAUUCAAAUCAACACAUCAUUAAAUACAUACCAUUUGUUGGGUCAGCUGUUGAGGAGUAGGAGGAGGAGGAGGAAGUGGUGACCACCUGAAGUGAUACCCAAUUGUUUGGAUCAAAAAACCAUUUGUUGGAUCACUUUAGAAAAUACCUACCGUUUCCCGGCAUCGGACGUCAUCAUCGCAAUCAUGGCAAUGGCCGGACACUCUGGACAAACAUUGAACGAUCGGCUGAACGCUGCCCGCUAUGCACUGGCCGGCCAAGGMCUGGCCCGUGUCGUAUGCAAGGCGACUACCGAAGAAGUUAGCGGCCCGAAGAAGAAACACUUGGACUAUCUGUUGCAAUGUACGCACGAGCCGAACGUCUCGAUACCGCAGUUGGCCAACCUAUUGAUCGAACGGACCAAUCAUUCCUCGUGGGUAGUCGUCUACAAAGCGCUGGUAACUGUCCAUCAUUUGAUGUGUUACGGUAACGAACGAUUCACCCAAUAUCUGGCCUCCAGUAACUGUACGUUUCAGUUGUCCAACUUUUUGGACAAAACUGCGGUCAAAGGYUACGAAAUGUCGACAUUCAUCCGUCGAUACGCCAAAUAUCUGAACGAAAAAGCCAUGUCCUAUCGUACGGUUGCGUUUGAUUUCACCAAAAUUAAGAGAGGUAUAAGUAAUGGUGGUUCCUAUGUGUCAUGUUUUAGCAAAGAGGACGGWUCSCUKAGAUCGAUGAGCACCGAUAAGCUGAUCAAAACAAUACCGACACUACAAUCGCAAGUGGAUUCCCUACUGGAGUUUGACUGUUCGGCCAACGAUCUGACCAACGGUGUUAUCAAUGCUGCCUUUAUGUUAUUGUUCAGAGAUCUGAUCCGAUUGUUUGCCUGCUAUAAUGACGGCAUUAUUAAUUGUUUGGAAAAAUAUUUUGAUAUGAAUAAAAAGCAGGCCCGGGAGGCACUGGACAUAUAUAAAAAGUUUCUGAUACGUAUGGAUAAGGUAUCGGAAUUUUUGCGUGUAGCCGAAAAUGUCGGUAUCGAUAAGGGAGAGAUACCCGAUCUCACUAAGGCUCCCAGUUCCCUGUUGGACGCACUGGAACAACAUUUAGCACAAUUGGAGGGCAAAAAAGGAGGCGCCGGUGGAGGCGGAGGAGGACAGUCAUCAUCAACAACAAACACAUCAUCAUCGGUAACGUCAUCGGCGGCCACAAAUGGAUCGGUAGUACAGCAGCAGCCGAUGGCCUCCUCGGCUGCGGGAGGGGUUGACUCGUUCAACAACAGUGGACCCAAAGAUGAGAAUUCAUUGAAGAAGGCGCUCGAAGAAGAGGAACGUAUGCUUAAUAAACUCAAAAUCACUAGUUGCCAUGAAAUUGACGCACCUUUUGUUUGGACACAAGAUAAUUGGCUGGAAGUGGAGAAACAUCUACAAGAAAAGGAUAGCGGAUCCAAAGGAACCUACAAUCCAUUUCUAUCGAUGUCACCGACARCUGAAACAUCGCCGACCAGUAAUGACCCGAUGACGACGGGGGCGUCGGCGGCGGCCAAAAGUCAGCACUUAUUAGAUUUUUUGAAUGACACCCAAAACUCGUUUAUUAGUAGUAGCAAAGCCAGCGAUGACCUGUUAGGACUAUCGGGAGCGUCGGCCAAUCCGUUUGCCGAUAUACUGAACGCUGCACCACAUCAUCAACAAAUGUCUUUCAUGACCGGCGGCGGCGGCGGCGGCCCGACAAUGGUUCCAAUGAUGCAUCAGCAGCAGCAACAGCAGACACCGUUCGGACCGAUACCUACGGUAACUACGGCCCCGACGACCAACGGUAGCAAUAUGUUUGCCUCGGAGGACGGUUUUGCGGCCGCUUUUGGCAAAUCAAAUACAACAUCGCACGCAGGUUUCGAUGCGUUCGGCGAUGUAUUACAACCGCAGUCAAUGGCCAACAAAAACGGUGCGGUCCUCGCCAGCCAACAGUACACAGCAUCGCAACAACAACAACAAUCGCAAGCGGCCAGUGUUGCCGCCGCUGCGGCCGCCAAUCAAUCGCUAUUCAAGGGUGACCUGGACUCGAGUCUGGCAUCGUUGGCCUCCAAUUUGGACAUUAAGGGAACCAAUGGAUCGUUCAAAAAAUUUGGUCAAUUUUCCAGUCCUAAAAAUACAGUUAAAACGGGAGCACCCGUACAACAACAGCCGGGAGUUGGCGGCCAACAGCCUGGUAUGGCAUGGAAUCCCGGCGCCCAACAACAGCAGCAGCAGCCAAUGGUCUGGAAUGUYGGCGCCGGCGGCCAGCAGCCAAUGAUGGUCGGACAGCCCGGUAUGAUGCAGUCGAACGUAGGCGGCGGCGGCGGCCAAUGGCCGGCCAGUAUGCAGCCGAUGAUGGCUACUGCUGCUGUAGCGCCCAAUUCUAUGGCGUACGGAGUUCCCAUGAGGCCCGCAAUGGUUACCGGUAUGGCUCAGCCAGUAGUAGGCUCUGCAAUGCCCGGCGCUGUACAAGUAUUGCCGUCGGCUGCCAAUAGUUCAGCCCAACGGCCAGUCAAUCCGGGAUUUACAGCCAAUACACAAUCAUCGGAUCCAUUUGGUGCACUCUAGGCUCUUAUUAUUAUUAUUAUUAUUAGAUAUUGUCGUUUUUUUUAAUUUAAAAAAAUUUGUUAAACAAAAUAAUUU